AGUUACAAAAACGUCACCAAAACCUACCUCCAUCCAAAACAAACGUCAGUUCCAGUGAUUCGUGAUGAUUAACUGGGAAAUUCGGUAAAAUUAUGGAUGGCGGAGACGGAGACAAGGCACAAGAAUCAUGGGAGACUAAGAUUACACAACAGACAAAAAACAAGCUUGAUGGAGAAGACAGGAAGGAAAGUCCAAAAAGAAGAAAACUUUCUAAUGAAGAACUUCUAGAUUGUGAAGGAAAGAUGAAUGGAAAGGGUGGAGAUGGGGGAACCUCCCGGACUCAAGGGGACCAGGCUUUUAUUAUCCAGCUGCAGGAGGAGGUUCAGACAAAAGAUCUUGCAAUUCAAGCCCUUCAGUUUGAAAACCAGAAGCUUAAGCAACAGCAGCAGGCUUCACCCCAAAAUGUAUCUCCGGUUGAGAAGAAGGUCCUGGAUCAGUACAAAUUGAAGAUAAUGGAAUACCAGUCAGCCCUCAAUCAGCGUGACCAGGUGAUAGGCACGCUACAGACAAGGCUGGCAGAAUUGGUGCAACAGCGAGAUGAGGCCUUGACCGAUGCAGCGCAACAGACUGAGAAUUUUGGAAGGGAGGUGGAAACACUGAAGUUACAGCUGCAAGAAGCAACUGAUGCCUUGUCCAAGAAGUGGGUGACAGGAGUAAAUCCUCGGGAACAUCUGGUGCUAAAGAAUAAGUUAAUAGCCGUCCAGCAGACUAUAGAUCAGGAUCGCCAGUUUUUAGAGGAAGUGACUCGGCAGCUGACGGAGAAAGCAGACCGAUGUAAUUUAGUCGAACACAAAUACAAGCAGUGUUUGCAAAAAUACAAGCAAUUGCAAAUGGAAAACGAAGACUUGAAAAGUAAAAACAAGAUUGGUGAAGGAAAUCUAGCACAUUUAGAAGAGGAAAAGAAGAAAGUGGAAGAAAAACUUGCAGAGGCAAACGAGAGAAUUGCAACACUCUCUAAGGAACAAAAACAAACAGUUUCAGAAAUUCAAAAUCUUAUGGGGAAGCUGCAGGAUGUAACAGUUGAAUUCCAGGCAGCGAAGGAAGAGCAGGAGAGACAGUUGGCAGCUGCUGACGAGCGACUCGGUGGUGAAAUAACGCUGAUAAAGCAGAAGAUCAGUGAACAGCAUUCAGAGGAGAUUUCAAAGCUCAAAGAAGCACAUGAAACAGAACUUGCAACAGUAAAUGAACAGAUCAAUGCUUUGGAAAAGAUGCAACAGGAAGACCAUGCAAAACUUGUGGAGAAUUUAGAAGCUGAGAGGAAUAAAGUCCAGAUACUAGAGUCCACUUUGCGAGACAUGACAAAGAAAAAUGAAGAUAAGCUGAGUGAAUUAGAGCAGGAGCAAGAGAAGAGACAGAAAGUGGAAGAGCAGCUGAAAGUAGAAUUAGAGAAAGGCAGGGAUCUUUUAGCUAAGAAUGAUAUGCUAAAUAAGGAGUUGGAGAAAAAGGAUGAGGUACUGGCAGAGAAUGAAAGUUUCAAGGGUGAGUUGAAUGUGCAGCUUCUGGAUGUGCAGAAGGAGUGUGAUGAUGUCAAGAAGAACUUUGAGGAAUACCAGGGACAGCACAAGAACCUGAAGCUGAAAUACGAAGAACUUGUGUUGGAAAAGGAGAAUUGGAUUCAGGAAAAAGCUUCGUUUAAUGCAGAACUGCGGCAUUUUGAGAGGCUGAAUGCAGAAGUUAGCAAGCUUGAAAAUGAAGUAAAAAUGAAAGUGGAAAUGGAAAAGGAGUUGCUUGUUUGUAAAAAUGCUCAAGUUGAUCUCCAGAAGAAAUGCUCAGUGCUGGAGCCAUAUGAGAAGAUGAAUGCAGACCUCCAGGGUGAAAUUGAGAAAAAGGACCUAGAGUUGUUAAAGUUGAAACAAGAGUGUGAUCAAAUGAGUGCCAUUUCUAAAGAACUUGCUCAGAGCAAAGCUGAAAAGGAAGAAUUGAAUACUCAGAUUCAGGACAUUCAGCAAAAGUACAAUUCAGCAGCAGAGAAGUUGAGUGAGCUUGAAGGAGAGCACAAGAACCUACAGUCAAAAUGUAAGGAACUUCAGGAAGAGAAAGAGCACUGGCUCAAAGAAAAGGAAUCAUUGAAUAAAGAAAUUGAAUAUAUUGGAAAACUUAAUGUUGAAGUGAAUAAGCUUCAAGAAGAGCUAAAAAUCAAAUUAGAAUUGGAAAAAGAAGUAAUCAUUCUCAGAGACACUCAUAAGACUCUCCAGAACAGGGUGGCUGACUUGGAGCUAUGUGAAGAGAGAAAUCUGGGGCUCCAAGCUGAUCUUGAGAAGAAGGAACUUGAGCUUAGGGAGAUGAAGGACAAAUACUUAUCUAUGCAGGAGGAGUAUGAGUUAUUUGAGCAGAUUGACUGGUUGAGCGAUGAGGAACUGCUCGAGGAAAGGGGUGUGAAUUUAUCCAUAAAGAAGAAGGUAAAGGAACUGGUAAAUAAACUGAAAGAAACAGAUCAGAACCUACAUUCUAUGGAAGUGGCCAUGAAAGAUGCCAGCCUGGAAAAGGAGGCUCUCCUGUCAGAAGUCGAGCAGUUGAGAAAAACUUGUGACAGUAUGGAAAGACACAAAAAUGAAACUGAAGCAGAGUUUGAGAAGAUGAUGGACCAGUAUAAGAUGAUGGAGGCAGAACUAGUAGACACAAGACUGGCACUUGACAGGGAGGUGCAGCUGGCAACCCAUCAAAGGAUAACCAGUGACGUUGGGGCAAGCGUUUCAGCAUCCCUAGAGGACCGUGCUGCACAGACCUCUUCAGUUACAAGUGGAACUUAUCCAAUGUCAGGGGAUAAUCACAGUGAGCAAGGAGAUACAGACACAGCAAUCAUCUCUCAAGAGGAACAGCCAUUUGGGUUGAAGGGCAAAAAGGAAAGUGCAUCAUGGAAAGAAAAGUACUUUAGUCUGGAAAAGAGCAAGAAGGAAUGUGAGAAUGAGAUUGAAAAGCUGAAGGUUAAGAGUCAUGAUCAAUAUUUUGCCAUUCAGUCUCUGGAGAAUAUAAAGUCCAAGUUGAGCCGGAGAAUUGAAGAGAUGGAAAUGGAGAAAAAAGCAUGGAGGGAAAACCAAAGGGAGUUCCAGGAGUUGCAAGUGGAAAAGAUGCAGUAUCAAGUUUUAAUAAAAGAAAUGGAGUUUGUGAUUGCAGGAGCAGAAGACAAAUUAAAACAGGCUGAGGAAAAUAUGAAUCAGCUUCGAAUGAAUGUACAAAAUCUAGUCAAAUUGCAUAGCGCAGAAAAUCCAGAGUUCAGCCAAAAAGUCAUAAAUUGCUUAGGGUUAAUAACUACAAAAUUACCAGCAAAAUCUGUGAAGGAGUAUGUCAAAUUUGAAUAUGAGGUUAAGAUUGAGGAACUUCACAUCAUACAGGAAGACUACAGGAAGUGCUUGUCAAAUCUACAAGAUGUGUUGCAUCAUGCAGAUACACUGCAUAAAGAAAAACUAGACAGCCACUUAGAAAAUGCUUUCCUAAAAAGUGAAAUCCAGAAGUUGAAAAUGUCCCCAGAAAUGAAGGAGAAGGAAGAGAUAUUGCCUGAAUGUGGCAACUCAGAAACUGCAGAUUUAAUGCUGAAGCAAGAAAAUGAGCGGCUGAAGAUAGCACUGAACCAGCAACAAGUACGCUGUAGAUUGGAGAAACUUCAAUAUCGGUCACCUAGGCUUCAGUCACAGGAAGAACAAGGUUCAGCAAGAAAAGAGAGAAAACUCUUUAAAACACAUUUUGGUAAUCAUUUCAAGCAGAUUCUGCAGGACUGGGAGGACAAGGCUAAAUGUGACCCAUCCUUGGCUAAUUUCAUCUCUACAGAAUCAUACAGAGUUCACAAUAUUUUAAAGGGUUUAGAUGAAGUUGGGGAUGACUCUCCAACCAGCCAUGUGUACAUGGAAACUGCCAUUCAGUUCAUAAGAGAUGCAGUAGUCAAGACUGUGCAUCACGAGUACCUGCAUGUAGUGAAUAAGGUGGUCAAUAAAAUUGACAAGAAUAUCAAUGAGUUGUUAGAAAGAAUCUUCCCUGGUGAUAUAGCAUUGAUACUCGAUGGUGGGCCUCACCAAAGUGGCACAGAUAGUGGAGGAAACACCAGCCAUCAACAGGACAGCUUGGAAAGCCUCGAGGAAAAGGUGGAACGCCUUGUCAAUGCGAGAACUAUGCUGGUUGAAACGACGAAUGACUUUGAAGUAAAGCUGAAAGAAUCCUUGACUUUGGAGCUAUCAUCAGUUGGCCAUGAAUUAGAGAAAGUGGUGAAGAGUGUUGCCACAGAGGAAAUAGGAGAGACCAAGCAGGCAUCAUCCACAGCUGAACCAAGAGGAGUAGAUGAUCAGUUUGUGGAAGAAUUCGUGGAAAUUACAAAGCGCCAAUUCGAGGGAGAUCAAGCAGAAAAGCUCCAGCUUUUGGAGAACCAAAAGAUGAUGAUUCAUAAGAUUCUAGAAGAUGACAAGGCAAAGUUGCAUAAUAUUUGCAGUACCCACAUUAGCAACUUGAGCAGUGUUGCUUCUGUACCAGAUGCUAUAGAGCUAGUCAAUACCCUGGUGAAUUCCUUAGAAAAAACACUCUCGGAGGAGGUGUCAUGGGUUGAGCAGCAGUACAAAGAGCUCCUGGAGCAAUACGCUUAUGAGCAGAAACUCGUCAGACAGACCUACUUCGAAACCCUGACAGAACUGAAACUCAGGCUGGAUACUUUGCUGGUUGAGUGUAAGAGACAGAAUCAGGCUGGACCCUCUGACGAGUCAUCCCUUGGUGCUGAAAUGGUGAAGAUGAAGGAAGAGCAUGCCGCAGAAGUAGCCCACCUUGCGAACCAACUGGCAGCGCGAGAUAACGAAGCCCUGAUGGCCUUAGAUGACGAGGUGGAUCAGCUUCGCGCUCAGAUUGACCGCGAUCUAAGCAUUAGGUCUGACAUCUCUCGCACACUGUGUUCUGAGCUUGAGAACAUCAAGAUUCAGGUCACGCAGCUGGAAGAUGCACAUGUGAACCUCAACAAGAUUAUAGAACCAGGAAUUGAUGUAAACUCUCUCCCAUUCCAGCGGCAUCUACAGUCUCUAUACAGUGACAGGGAUUGGUACAAGAAAACUGUAGGUCUCCUUUCUCAUGUGACACUACAGUUGCUGCACUACUACAGUGUGGCUGAGAAUUACACGCACAAAUCCCAUGCCGCUCCUACUCACGAUUCUCUCCCGUAUCAAGAGGUAAUGCCGGGCAAGGUCUUGGAUCUCUCUUUCCUGUCAGACUGCGUGCACGAUGAAAGUGAGUCGAACCAGUAUACUACGUUCCCUGAGGAUAGUGCUGUGUCAACUGGCCUCAUUGGGAAGACAGUUGAAGCAGAUCAUGGUGAAGAGACAGAACUGGGGAGCAAUGCAGAAUCAAUGCUUGAUAGCACAGCGAUGAGCGAGGGGAUGCUGGAUGACAUGGACAAGGAUGAGCAAGUCCGCCAAAUCCUCACAAAGUCCUAUCCGCAGCUGAUGUCCAUCCUGAAGGGGCGUUGGGACCGUGUCAUGGUGGAUCAUCUGGAAAAGGAGGUCCAAGAGCUAACCAUCUCUCUCCAGGCAUCAGCAGGGAUGCUAAAGAUUUUUAUGCAUUCAGUGACUGAGAGUCAAGACCUCUCCUCGCACACCAUCAGGGAUGAAAGUAACAUUGACAAUGUAAAAGAAAGCUCUCUUGAACUGACACAGCAUCAUAUAGAUGCAUCUCCUGAUCAUUCAGGGCUGCCUAGAUCAAGUAGACAGGGUGAUGAAAGUGGUGAUCAGCUGUGUGGAAACACAGAGGAAUCCUUACCAGAUACAGAAAGAGCAAAGCAGCUCUCAAAGUCACAACUAACUAGUCAUUUUAGUUCAAAGUAUCCAGAGGACUUCUCUCAGAGUCUGACUCAGUUACUGUGCCAUGAUGAUUCCUUCUUAAACUUGACCAAACUGAAACCCCAGGACCUGGGUGAUGAAGAGAAGCUGAAGCGGGCAGUUGUUCAACUUUGCCGAAAUGCAGAAGCUGCAGAUAACCUUCAGCUGAAGCUCCAUCACCUUGAGGGCCUCUGGAAGGGCUGUGAACAGGAGAAAAAUGUGUUGGAAGAAGAAAUUGAGCAUCUCAAUCACUGCAACAAGAAUCUUGCAAUUGAACUCCAGACUGCAAAAGAUCAGCUGGAAGAGUUAGAAUUAGUCCAGCAAGGCAAAGGUGGAGCAGGUACAACCCAGUAUGCCGCCAGAAUGGAAGCUUCUAAAGAUAUUAAAGAAAGAGUCCGAGCACUCCUGUCUGCCAAGAACAAGUCCUUGAUGAACCACACGGAAUUGAUAUCUCGUAUUGGGGACCUUGAGGGGAUGCUUGAGGCCCUAGUGAGAGAGAGUGAUGCAGUUACUGAAACACUAAAGGCCCAAGUGUCAGAUCUGUCACAGCAGUUGGAAGUAGCCGACCGUCAGCUUCGGUCCUCUCGCCAAUUUCUGGAGGAACAUGCCAGUGAACGUGACCAGGAGGUGGAGGAGCUCAUCCAAGCCAAGGAAAAAUUGCAAGUUCAGCUACGAGAAAGGGACGCUAUCAUCACACAACACGCAAACCUAGAAAAAGAGGUGGAGAAUUUAGAACGAGAUUUACGGGAAAAAUCACAGGAACUUCAGGAUGCUCUUGCCCUAAAAGAGGAAUUGCUAGCUGAGAACAAGACUGCCGUGGAUAAGGUAAACGUUGUUGUGUUACUUCGUUGCACCCGAGCCGUGAGAGAUUACAACUUUUUUUCCUUUUUUCCUUUUUUUUUUUUCCUUAAAUCUUUCUAAUUCCCUGCAUUUACAGAAGAAAAAAAGUUAUUGUUUUGGUGUUUGCAAUUUGCACACUUUUUGGUUUAGUCAUGCAUGAAUGUGUUUUACAUUGCUUUAUUUCCUUGUGUUAUCUGUACCCAUAUACAAACAUCAAAUAUUAUUUUAUCAGCAGCAUCCUUCUGUACAGUACUACACCUAAUACACAUUUUAAUUUGAUUUGAUUUUCUUUAUUCAUUAUGUGAUUUUUAUAAUUAUUUAGAUUUUUUUUUUCUCCCUAUUGUUCUUUAGAGCUGAUUUGUAAUACAAACAUGAAAUGGAAUUGUUUAGAAGAGUGUUUUUAUCUAAUACUUUGACAUAUAACAGAAAGUGAAAGCAAGAGGGAGAUGGAGAAGAAAAAAGAGAGUGAGGAGGAAUAGAGGCAGAGAAAGGAAGAGGGAGAGGGAGAAGAAAAAAGAGAGUAAGAAGGAAUAGAGGCAGAGAAAGGAAGAGCAUGUUAGGAAGCAAGAGGGAAAGGAAAAAAGAGUGAGAGGGAGAGAUCUUGAUCUUGAUUAUUAUUGCGUGGGGUGCUGGUUAGUACAUAUUAUGCAUAUAGGGAAUGAAAGAAAGAGAGAGAGAGAAGAGGAGAAGAAAGGAAGAGAGUCAAUAAAAGGUGGGAGAGCAGCAGAGUGGGUUAAAAGUGAAGGGAGAGUGAGAAAGAGAGAGCAAAAGGGAGAAAGA